CUCCUCAACAAUCCUUCAGGACUUGUGUGCAGCCAGAGAGGAAAGCUUCAUUCAAAAUGAAAUUAUUCCUGCUUGCUGCCUGCAUCCUUGGGAUGGCCGUCUGUGCCCCUCCACAGAUGUACAUGGAGUUUGACAUCCGUCACGCUCCGGCUGAGGCAGCCCAGGCUAUUCCUGCUGGAGUCCCAUUUGAUAAACUGGAUGUUAUCCUUCCUGUCGAUGCCCAGAAACAUCUGGUUGCAGGACCCGUCCGAGGCUUCAUCAAGCAGGAGAUCCCACAGCCAAAUGGUAGAGAGUCCAAGGAUGUGUAUAUCCCCUUCGGUUUUGACGUGGUAGUUCCUGCCGCCGCUGCCCCUGCAGCUCCAGCAGCUCCAGCAGCUCCAGCAGCUCCUGCAGCUCCUGCAGCUCCUGCUGCAGCUCCUGUUGUUCGUGCAGCUCCAGCUGCUCCUGCUGCUCCUGCUGCCCCUCUUGCACCUGUUGUUGCUGCCCCCGCUGCCAAACCCAAAGGAGAUGAUGAUGAUGAUGAUGACGAUGACUAAACAAACCACAGUCAGCAGGACGUGCACACGUUUGGGCACAGACAGGUGACCAAUAACCAACCAGCAGUCAGUGAGAGAUGACCUGCCAACACUGCAGUUUCCUAAAAUACAAAAAAUAUGAUCCUAUGCCUUUGAAAAAUAACUGUUUCGUGUAUUUUAAGGGAAAAUGGUGCUAUGCUAUUCAAUGAAAGACAGUGGAAAAAGUGCUGUGACUCAAAAUUAAAAAAAAAAACAAUUAUGCAUUGCAGUGAAAUAUCAGUGUGUUUUCUCUCACAGUGUUUACUCAAUCAAAUUUUGUAUGCUUCAUAAUAAAA